UCAUAUCUGCAACGGUGUGACUCUGAAUGCUCAUGGGUAUCCAGCGAGAGCAUUACCCUUGCAAAGAACUGGCGUGGAUGGUCCCAAGCAUCACCCGCCUUUUACUUCCCUAAUUUGGUAAUGAUGCACACCUCUUCUCGCAGCUUAAGACUACUAAAUUCAGGCUCCAAAUCGGUUCCCUCGCUGUCGGACUUAGCUGCGCGCGUAUGUGCUCGUCAGUUAUCGUUUGUCGAAUUAGAACGGAAUUACCGUGAUAUUUGUCAAAGUAGGAAGCAGGUGAGCGAGUUUCCCGUCUCUCACUCGUUGCCGGACAAACUGUUUCUUUCCGUAGUCUUUUGGUGUUUCCCGGCCACAGCGGAUGAUAUACGAUUGUACAGAUGCAGAGUUGUAUCAUGUGACUGUUCAUGCCCUUCAAAAUCGGCUUGGUGUCAGCAUGUGGUCGCCCUUUGCUUGUUCAGGAUUCAUCAACCGAACCAAGUGCAAUUUAGAGGAGAACACCAAGUUACGAAACUGCUCGAUCAGCUGAAAUGCCCGGAAUCUGAGAUAAAUCAAUCUCACGGAGCUCCGGAUCCCACAGAUGGUGGACAUGAACAGGUUUCUUAUACUGCUAUUUGGGCUCUUGACGUUGAUGGAUUACAUACUAGUAUCAGGCGCCUGUUGAUUAAGUACUGCGUCCCAGCUCCAACUGUACACUGCGAUGUGCAAUAUCUUGGUACUGCACAGCACCCGAUCGCGGCUGAGUGGCUAACGGUGAUGAAAUCUCUCCGUGCUAGAGAGCCUGAAGGUAUUUGGAAUCUUAUGGCGAUUGUUCGGGAGAUGUUCGCACGUAGAGACGAGAAUGCUGUGUCGCUACUGAGCAUUUUGACUGUUGAAUGUCUUGCUAAUUGCCAGAUUUUGUUGUGGUGGUAUGCGACGAAACUUGUUCAAAGUGGAAGUUGGUCUCAACAAACCACAGGCAAGAACUCCGCCAGCAGUCAGAUCAGUGCGCAGUUGAACAGCGCGCAACUUUGUGAUGAAAUCGUUGUGCUCUGGCGUUGUGCUGUACUGAACCCGAUGCUUUCUCCACAGAAUCGACGGCAGGUAUCUCCUCAAAUCGAGCCAUAUAAUAAAUUUGAGCAAUACUUUCUUUUUCAAGAAGACGAUGAUCUCGCGCUGAAGGCUGCUCUUGAUGCAGUUGGUGCGAGGCCACUGUUUUCUGACGAUGAUUAUCCGCUCUUAAGUGAAGCUGUUCGAAGACAAAAGGGAGAAUUGGCGAUCGCAUUGUUGACACGGUCAGUAGAUAAUACGAGAUUCUCUUUCGGCCUUUUCAUAUCUUUAGGAUUUUUAUGGCACCAGUCAAAUGCAGCAUAUUUUCUGGACAGAGAUCCAGGGUAUCUUAAACUUGGCCAGCGAGGUCAACGUCCAACUUUUCCGAUACCUUCGCACUCCCCACCAGUGCUGAGGUAA